AUGAAUAUUUGUGAUUUGCUGGGUAACGACGUGAACUUCCCUGAUCAGCCUGUCAGCCGCGGCUAUGGCCUCAGCUGCAGCUGGGGUCUCUGCAUUGACAGAGGCCGCGAGGUUCAAGGAGGAGUCUUUCCCGCUCACUGCGGCUACCGCGAAGAGGCCCCUCGGGGUACGCCGCCACGUCCACGCACGUUAGGCCACUAUGACUUCAGAAGUCACGUCUUUCAAUGGACGCCUGGCUUUGGUGACGGGGGUGCUAGCGGCAUUGGCGAAGCGGUCUGCCGUGCUCUGGCUGCCGAAGGUGCCACUGUGGUGAUUGUCGACAGGCAGUUGGAGGGCGCUAGCAGAGUGGCCGAGUCUUUGCAAGGCGAGGCCGAGCAUCACGCAAUGUACGCAGACGUCGGCAACUCGUCCUCGGUGGAGCACCUGUUCGCGGACAUCAGGAGCAAGUUCUCGCAACCGCCGAGUAUAGUCGUCAACUGCGUCGGCAUCUGCUUAUCGACGCCUCUCCCCGACUGCGGCGACGAACUGUUCGACGAACUCAUCAGGGUGAACCUUAGGGGCACCUUUCUGGUGAAUCGGGGAGCCAGCCGCGAUAUGCUGCGCUCAGGCAUAUAUACCACACCCGACGGCGGAGGGGCCAUCGUGAAUGUAGCCAGCAUCAUGGCCAACUGCGGCUGGUACCACAACUCUGCGUAUGCCGCUUCCAAGGCCGGGGUCGUGGCUAUCACAAAGUCCGCUGGGCAAGAAUUAGCGGCUCACGUUACUCGCUGCAACGCCGUGCUGCUCGGCACGACAGACGCGCCUAUGUCAGCCAGCGCUGGCGAAAGCCUCUUGGCCAUGGCCGUUGAUAGGAUACCCCUCAAGUGGAUCGCUCAACUGUGGGAGAUAGCACAAGCCGUCAAAUUCCUCUGUUCAUCGACUGCUAGUUCCUUUGUUACCGGCACAACGCUCGAGGUCACUGGAGGUUUCGCCUCUUGGUCGUGCCACAUUGAGCGAGUGCUCAGGUAAAAUUCACGUGCCUGUUUUGUUCUCUAUCUCGGCUGGUUUUCUCUCUCGUCGCUUGUCAGUAUUGAACUUCCGAUAACGUCUGUUUAAUCUUCAGCAUGAAGAAGAGACAGGCACGGUCGUAAUCCUGUAUAUGAAGAAUAUCAAGAGUGCAAACGUACGGUUCAGCUCGGUUCCUCUGCUACUACCCAAAUGCAAAAUGGUGGCUGCUUGGGCUGGUUGGUGAAACAUCGCUUAAACAACGAAAAAAAAAAACCUUUUUCAGGGCGCUAUUUGUUGGAAGAAAGGAAAGAGGCGGUAGGACGGAGCGCACACUAACAGCAAAGUUUAUUACUCAGGUGGCGGGUACAUAUGUACAAGCGGAAUCGGGGGGCAUGGGGGGAUAAUAGGGGUGAAAUAAUUAUGCAGGGGCAUGUGCAAGAACAGGCAUCAUCGCUUGGGAUACUCAUUAUCUAACAGGUUAAUGGAAGGCGAACUCACGCAUUCAUUUUCACCUUCAUCGCGAGUAAGAUAGGCCUUAUCAAGUUCACAUGCGCUUUGUCACUGUAUUUGGCCACAACUUGGCAAUCGUUAAAGCUCUAGGUGUGCUUGUACUUCGACAGUGACCUGCCAGGUGGCUGCCUACAGACCUGCGCACCAGAUUGGCGUGCUCUUUUAGGCGGUCGUUAAUGCGUCACCAUGACUGGCCGAUGUAGCAGCGGCCACACGACAAUAAAAUGUGGUAGACAAAUCCCUUCUGCAUACUUCCUUGAUUGUUUCUUCUUACAGCCAUCUAGGCAAUUCCCGACAUCUGAGUAAUAAACUUGAUUUUAAUGUGCGCUCUGUCUUGUCGCCUUUUAACGCGAAAGCGUUAAGAGGCAGCAUUAGCUCGGGCCCAACUCCGACGCGGCCUAUUCAAAUACAUGUAAAACGCAGAAACGCUUUUC